AUGAGUAUCACAGAUGUGCUCAGUGCUGAUGACAUCGCAGCAGCUCUGCAGGAAUGCCAAGACCCAGACACUUUUGAACCACAAAAGUUCUUCCAGACAUCAGGCCUCUCCAAGAUGUCAGCCAGUCAAGUGAAGGAUGUUUUCCGGUUCAUAGACAAUGACCAGAGUGGAUACUUGGAUGAAGAAGAGCUUAAGUUUUUCCUCCAGAAGUUUGAGAGCGGAGCUAGAGAGCUGACUGAGUCAGAAACCAAGUCCUUGAUGGCUGCGGCAGACAAUGAUGGUGACGGGAAGAUUGGGGCUGACGAAUUUCAGGAAAUGGUGCAUUCUUAA